AGGAAAAAUUUCGAAAAAACAAAGCGCACCCCGUCGUCCUUCUCCUGCACAAUAGAAAAUUAAGAAACCAUGGCUUUAUUACCCGCGACGUUUUUCUCCGCGGUUGCAUCCAGUUGCUCUUCGUCAAGGCGACUGUUCUUGCUCCUCGCGAUCGCGGGUGGAACCUCUCAACAUUUCCUCGGCACCGCCAAUGCGCUGUCUUAUCCUGUGCAAAAGUAUCGUACUCGUCGUAAUUCUUGCAGUCAUGAUGCAUUACAAAUCUUUAUCUCAAGGUAAAUCAGCAUGAGAAGUUUCAUUUGUAGUGCUGAGCAAAUUUGUCAUGCAAUUUAUACGAGUGCGAUACUUUUGCACUGCAUAUGUCUAUGGGUACAUCCAAACUCGUCUUGGACCACUCCCACGCGACGGCUACGAAGAAAACGGCUGUUGAAGAAGCGAUGAACAAAGCUGGUCGGGCUGGGACAAAAAAACUGGGCGCGUCGAACAAGGAAAGUGUGAAUGUCGUGAGCUAUCCCUGGAAAAACUGUUAAUGUUAACGAAAUUAAUUUGUGAUGCAGUAAUGCUAAAUGCAUCAGAAAAGCUGGCCAAAUUUCAAUUUGUAUUGCAUAGCACGCAUGCUAGGCAAAACUUGUCAUGCAUAGCUGCAAUCUGUGAAAACCGUUUUUAACGUUGACACUUUUUUCUUUGAUAUGAGCAAGGUUUUGUCCAUGAACAAAGCGAAAAAGAACUUGCAGGAGCAGCAGGCGCUGGCGACGAUGAUUAUGGGGCAAAAGCUAUCCUGUGUAAAAUGUUUAAAAGCGCCGUCCCCACACGAUCAGAGUGUUCAUAAUGGGAACAAAUCUGCAGCGCAAAAGAUCACCAAGUGCUUGUGAGAGUCGCGCACCACAGUGGUGCUGGUCCUUUUCUUAGCACCGACGGCCGCAUGAUCAAAUGUCCUGUUUACAGCAUAUAGUACCAACACACAACCAGAAAUGCCUCGUCUCAUAGGUCGUGGGAGCAUGCGCAUUUUUACAAGUGUUCCAGUUCCACUAGUUGCAAUAAAUCGAAAUGUGCAUGGCCACAGCUCUGCGGAGGUGGGGACGGUUUUUCUUUUUUUCCGCAUGAUAGAAGCAUGAAACCGCCGAAGGUGCGAAGAGUUCGACAGCAGUUGUGCAAAACAAAAAGCAUCUUCGUGCUGACUCGGAUGUUGAUGCGGUUAUCGAUGGUGACACCUUGCUCGCCAAGACGGAACCCGACCCGAGUGCUUACGCACUUGGCGUGAUAUGGAAGCGUCAGGUUUGAAAUCGACAAAGUUGAAAUGAUUUGCCAUGCAUAACAUGGCUACCAGUUGGAAGACCAAUUUCCAAGCGGCGCAUGACAAAUUUUCGGCGCACCGAAAUCCAAUUUGUCAUGCUGUUUGGGCACAGAAGACUGCUUUUGUCGUGCUUCUUAAAUAGGCUCACAAUCUGCCUCACUCGCCAUCCCGGCAACACAGGCACUGCAUGCCUUGCAUUUUAUGCAUGGCAAAUCAUUUCAACUUUGUCGAUUUCAAUCCUGACACAUCCAUACGUCAAUGACCCGGAGUACAUCGCGGCGCUCGACGCGUGGAACGCCAGCGUCGAAGCGUUGGCCUACCAGUGCUACUGCAUGAUCAUUUGGCUCACCCUGAUCCCUCUUCUCUGUUGCAUUGGCGUCAUCGUUAUGCAUUGCAAAAGUAUCGUACUAGUUCUAGUAGUCAUUGCAUGACAAAUUUUUCCAAGAACAAAAAUGCAACUUGUAAUGCUGAUUUGGCUAAGGACUAAGAUUUGUAAUGCAUGGUUACAAUUCGUACGAGUACGAUGCUUUUGCAUUGCAUAAUCGUGUUCUGCUUCUGCAUGGGCGGCGCGGCGGUGGUAUGAAUUGCAAAAGCAUCGUAUUCGUAUAAAUGCAUUACAAAUUCCCCCAGCAUUACAAAUUUAAUUUGUAAUGCUGAUUUACCUUGAGAAAGAGAUUUGUAAUGCAUAAAUGCAAUACGAUACUUUUGCACAGGAUAGGUGGCCGCGGCGGCCCAGGCGUGAACGGGCGGGAGGACAAAGACGUGGAUGAAUCGCGCCUAGUAUUGUAGCUUGUUGGUGGUUUUACUUUACUUGUUUGUGUUUCGAAUACAUCAAAGAACACGAAGAAGAGCUUCGACACACCAAGUCGGCUCUUAUUACAACCUUUUGCCCUCUCUGCUAGAACAAAUAGUUGUUGGGCGGUGUUUUGCUUUCUACCAUGUUAUUUAAGGCUUUUUAUUUUUUAGAUAGUCGCAUCACAAUUCCGAGAACAAAGAAAAAGAGGGCAGCAAACAAAGCUAAAGUUUGUUGCUGAUGUCAUAAAAAGAUUGCAAUUUUUAUCGCAGCUGGUAUUGUCGUAAAAUGGAGGAAAAGUAUCCCUUUUCCGGGCCAGAAUUCGUGCGUUGCUUCCUUUACAACAAGAUGUCCCGCGUCCGUAUUAUUUUGUUUGCAAAGUAUUAUAACCCCCAAAGUCAAACUGUAGUUCUGCCCGAGUAACCCUCACUGAAGUAGAGCGCAGCGCAAAAAGAAAAGAAAGUGAAAGAUGAAGGAAAACAAGAGAGGAAUCUUCAUCCUGUUUGCUUUUCGGACGAUUUGCGCUGGACUUACUUGACGGAGCAGUCGCUACGACUUCAAACAUGCGAAAAGGAAAAGCAAGCAUGCUCCUGGAGGCCGCCCUUAAUCGGAGGUAAACGAUCAGCC